AAAUCGACCCAAGGCUCAGAUCGUAUACGAUAUCAGGCCAACGUGAUGUCGAAAAAGUCAACAAAGUGAAAUGAAAAUUUGCGAAGUUAUUUGCAUCGGUAUCGGACUAUUAUGAACUCUUUGACAACAAAUAAAUAGCUUUUCGUUGUAUAAUACGAAAAACAUCAAAUGUGAUUAGAAUAAAAAUAUAUUAAAAUAUCGGUGAAGGUUUAAAAUAAAGUUAUAAUGCAAAUUAAUCAAUACCACCGACAAAGAAAACGAAUUAUGUUAUAAAUCACUUAAAAUGUCAGAUUAAGGAGGUAUCGGAGAUUCCAAAAGACCUUGUUAAUUUUCAAUUUAUAUUCAAUCGCAACGUUACAAAUCCCAAAAUCAUGAGGGUUGUUGCAAUGGUCAGUGGUGGCAAAGACAGUUGCUACAAUAUGAUGCAGUGCGUCGCAGAGGGUCAUGAGAUUGUGGCACUAGCAAACUUGCACCCAAAAGAUCGUGAUGAAUUAGAUAGCUUUAUGUACCAGACCGUCGGACACAUGGGCAUCGAGAGUUUGGCGAAAGCAAUGAGUCUACCACUUUAUAGACGUGAAACCAAAGGCAAGAGUACACAAACUGGAAAACAUUAUGUGCCUACAGAUGAUGAUGAAGUGGAAGAUUUGUACAGUCUUUUAGAGUUGUGCAAGAAUGAAUUGCAAAUUGAAGCAGUUGCUGUUGGAGCCAUUCUCUCUGACUACCAAAGGGUAAGGGUCGAAAAUGUUUGUAGUCGCUUAAAUUUGGUAUCACUGGCGUAUUUAUGGAGGAGAGACCAGACUGAAUUGCUACAGGAAAUGAUUGAUUGCCAAGUACAUGCCAUUAUAAUAAAGGUAGCUGCAUUAGGUUUAGUUCCUGAUCGCCAUUUGGGGAAAUCGUUGCGCGAAUUACAACCUCACCUGCUGAAAAUGCGUGAUAAGUAUGGUUUGAAUGUUUGUGGAGAGGGUGGUGAAUAUGAAACAUUUACUUUAGACUGUCCGUUGUUUAAGCAACGAAUUGUAGCUGAGGAUGUUCAAACGAUAAUUAGUUCCGCGGAUCCUGUAUGUCCGGUCGGGUAUAUAAACUUCACCAAAUUGUCGAUGCAAUCAAAAGAACCGACUCAAUUCUGUGAUGUUUUUGUAAAAAAGUCUCUGGACUAUAUAAGUGACCUAAACGAAUCUACGUACAGUGACCUCAGUGACCCAGAUCUCAGUGAAACUGAGCUAGAAUUGAUAGAGAAAGAAACCCGUUUACGUGAAUCCCUAAGUCAAAAUGAGUUGAUGAUAUCGCGUAGCAAUUCAUUUGGACGACACUUGACUACUUCUUCAUCACCUAUACCAAUAGUGACGAAGAGCGCUAGUGUCGAUGAACCACCGACACCGUCUUCGAUGUUUUCUUCUUCAGCAGCGCUGUGCGCCGCUUCACUACAAACAGCUGUCAACAGCUUUGGCGUAACGCAACCCUUGGGUAGCAGUACGGCGGCAGUGUGUGGUUCCUUAUCAAUGGGGAUAUCAUCUACCGGUGCCACGGCCGGCAUAUCGACAGCGUUGGUAACACAACCACCUAGUCCAAUGAAAAUAGAGCGUGAGUUCCGUCCACUAAAAAAUCAGCCAAUGGCCGCAUUUAAUCAAAAAGGCUGGUUAUGGGUGGCGGGUAUACAAGGUUGCGCUGAAACUUUAGAAGAAGGAAUGCAUCUGGCUAUGCAAUCCUUGGUAGACUUAGCUGUCCAGCACAAUUAUGAAUUAACCGAUUACUGUUAUAUUACGCUUUACAUACGUUCAAUGACCGACUAUCCUUUAUUGAAUCGUAUUUAUGGCCAAACAAUAAAUUUCCAAAAUCCACCCACCCGAGUAUGUGUCGAAUGCCCACUACCGGAGGAUUGCCAUGUGAUAUUGGAAGCGAUUGCAUUUCGAAUGCCCAUGCGGCGUCGCCCUACGUUGUCUACAAGUGAAAUAGAUGGUUAUAUUGAUGAGCACAAUAAUAGUGGCGAUUUAACGUUAAAGCAACGCCAAACCAUGCACGUACAAGGAAUUUCCCAUUGGGCACCAGCAAAUAUUGGCACUUAUAGCCAAUCGACUAGGGUGGGCGAAAUAACAUAUAUAUCGGGUCAAAUUGCCCUCGUUCCUGGAAGUAUGACAAUUAUCGAGGGUGGUAUACGCCCCCAAUGCAAGUUGGCUUUACGACAUAUUAGUCGCAUAGCAAAGGCGAUGAAUGCUCAAGGUCAACUACGUGAUGUAGUCCAUGGUAUCUGUUUCCUGACCCAUCCAGCGUUUAUAGCCGAAGCGCGUCGUCAAUGGGAACGACGUACAACAAACGCUAUAAUGGAUUAUAUUGUUGUGCCUGCUCUGCCACGAGAGGCUUUGGUGGAAUGGCAAGUGUGGGCACAUACACAUAAUGAUCGCUUCGAAUAUGAAGAAACUGGUUGCUCCGUAAGCGAUUAUACCAUCUCCAUAAGACGACGUUGGAACUAUGAAAAUAAUUGCGCUGCAAUUGUCUGUUAUGUAUCUACAGGUUUGGCCUCAUCCACCACUCAGUUGACUCAAUUAAGUGAGGAUAUACUAAGCAACCAUUGCCGCCUAGCACAAAAUCUUAGUGCUGAAAACCUUGACGAAAUACUUACAUAUACUGUUAAUCGAUUGCUUAAAGAUUAUCCGAUCGCCAAACGAAUAGCAGACUCAACACAUGUCAGCACUGGCCACACAAUCGAAGCGGAUGUCGUUAGUGCUACCGAUGGCAAUUCACAUUCAACUUCUUCAAUAAAUAAUAAUGGCCAAAUUAAUACGAACGUCGUAGGUGGAAAGAAUUCAACUGCCUUUUAUAUACCGGCAAUUCACCUCAAAGUGUUCUAUCAAGUCACUGCAGCACCGUCCGUGGAAUUACUGCUUAAUGCACUAUAUGACUUUCGGCUCAAAUGCCAGGAAACCGCCAACAUUGUAUACACAGUUUUGCCCGCCUGUAGUUUACAUAAUUUUAGUACUUUUCUAUCAAUUUGCGGCGUUCGUCAUGAAUAAAUGCGAGUUACUCCUUAAGACUUAUUGUAAUUUGUAAUCUAUCUAUAUGUGUAUGUACACUUAAUUGACCGAAUUUGGUUAUGCCUUUUGCAUUAUAACAACCACAGACAUACUUAUUAAUUGUUAAUACACCAAAAAACACCGCAAAAACUUUUGGGAUUAUUGUUGUAGUGCUAGUCCUUAGACAUAUGUAUAUAUAAGUCCAGAUAUUUCCGGUGUUUUUAGUUUACAACAAAUGUAACUAAGAAAAUCCAUAAUUUCAGAAAUUUUUUAUGCAUACUUUUAAAUUAUUAUUUGUUGACAGAAAUUGAUAAAAAUUGUUCGAUAAGUUAAAAGUUUUUUUGUUUAAGUAUAUAAUAUAGUUCAUCACAUUAAAUGCCUAUCGUGCCGUUUAUGUUUGGUUAAUAGCUAUUUUUUCACUGCUCCCGUUCAAUUUUCGAUUGGCUUACAACGAGUUAGAAAUUCUAUAAGAAAAUAUUUAAAUUCAUUUCAUAUUUCGUGGUCGUAAAGUUAUUGUGUUUUCUUUUUGACUUUUUGCAAAUUUUUGCUGCGAUUAAGUGAUUUUUAGCAUAUUUCUUAUCAUAAUAUAAUAUUAAAAAAUAAUUAACAAAGAUAAAAUUAAUUGAAAAAACAAAAACGUCUAUACUUACUCAUUAAUUCUUCAUAUAUACAUACAUACAUACAAACUUAUAAAACUGGACUUAAAUACCAAAUAUUAUAACGAGAUUCUAUAACUCGCAUGUUAAAAUGUAUGUCUUAUUAAAAUUAUAAACUAUUUACUAUUAAUUAACCUCAUACCGUUUUUAUUGUUAAGGCAAGAUGUGCAAAAUCGUAAUUUCACGUCUUUGUGAAUUCGGCGUGUUUACCUUAUUAUACAUAGCACACUUACAACCGGGAAACCGCAUAAAAUACACAAAUUUAAAUAAAAUGAAGUCAAUCAUUUAAUGAUAAAUCUAACCGUAAAGAAACUAAGAAUUGUUAUCCUUGUUUUUAGUAAUUUGAUAAGCACUAAGUUAAUAAGUGGCAAAACUAAAUAAAAUAUACAAAAGCAAAUUGCUGAAAGCGAUAAUAUAA